AUGCAGACUUUCAGUUUAAGUCAUUGGUUCAAGGCAGCAAUAAUUGGAGCUGGUGCAGUACGUGCACUCAAUGGAAUCCCCAGCAUAGUGUCAAUUUUAAAGAAGGUGAAAGUUGAAACAAUCCAAAACCGAGCAUGUCGUGCCCUGGCAAAUCUGGCUGUGGAUGAAGAGAAUGCAGAAAUCCUGGUUCAUUCUGACCUGCUAGAGCAUGUGAUUGAUAACCUCAGCAAGACAGAGACUUCUGAAUGCCAGCAAACUUAUGUCAGAUUUAUCAGAAUACUGGGCUCCAAGGCUUCAAAUAGGUCCAUUGUUUGUAAGGCUGAUGGGUUGAAGGCUGUUGCCUUGCUGUUAACUGGCUCAGGCUCUGGUUUGCUCACUGCAGUUACAAGAACUAUUGCUGAAUAUACAAAAGGGUACAGUGUUGAGUGCAUUCAACAGAUUUUAGAGGCGGAUACUUUGACAUCAUUGGUUCAGUUAGCCAGCCAUUCUGAUCCCAAUAUUUGUGACUAUUCUCUGGAAGCACUGCUCAACAUUUGCCACCAGCCACAUGCUAGGCCACCACUUGGUGCUGCAGGAGCCAUACAGUUCUUCAUAGAUCACAUAAACAAUACUAAAGACCUCAGCAGAGUGUAUGGUGCUAUUACUGCGCUGUGUUUAUGCUGCAGGGACUCUGUUAAUCGUGUCCGUUUGCGUGAAAGUGCUGGACUGAAGCUCCUUCUACAACUACUGUCUUCAGAAGAUUAUUCUCAAUGUCACACUCAGAUAAUAUGCUCCUUGACUUGUUUCUUGUACGAUGAACUGAGUCUAGAGGUGCUCUUAAAAGAAGGAAUGGUGAAAGGCUUGCUUGGACACCUCACCAAAAGCAAUCAUAUUACACUGGAAGAAAUUGAAAGUGACUCAGACAGUGACUCUGACUGUGCUCAAUCAUAUAAUGAACAAACAGAUCAGAGCAAGAUCCAGGAUACCUCCAAGGAUGGGCAUAAUAAAGGAGAAAGUCACAGUGGUCAUGAAACAGUAGAGAUGGAGAAAAAUGAAAACAAAGGUCAACAAAUUGGGGAAGUAAAGGACAGAAGGAAGUUUUUCAAAACUCAGACAGAGGUUUUGAAUGUUCCCGCAGAAAAUAGAACUGAACCUAAUUCAGCAGAUGACAGAGGGGAAGUGUCACAACAUGUUGAUGGUAGGAGCCAGUUGCAGCUUCCAGGGGUAAAGGGAGACAGUAGUUCAGUAACGUCUCCCUCAGAAGGGACCAACAGGAACACAAACAUACCAUUCCCAAGAGCACACUCCAUGCCAUCUCUCAGCAGUAUGCCUGGCAAUGAGCAGGGAGGGGUCGGUUCAGAAAGUUUUAGGUCCCUUUCUCCUCCCAUUUCACACCAUUCCUCUUUGUCUAGGCCUCAUUCUCCAGCUCCUCCUUCACAGUUUGUAUCCUGGGUAAGGUCCCCUUCUCCUCCAACCCCAUACACUGCCUCUUCCAUGAGUCCUAUGUCAUAUCUGUCCCCAGAGUGGUCUCCAGAGUACACUGGUCCAAGUUGGGGAGGUUGGGAGCCCAGAUACUCUCCACAGCAUGCAGGUAGUUCUCCAUACAGCAUGCACAGCCCAGGCAUGUACAGCCCAGGCCCAUCCAGUCCAGACAUGGAGGUGAUGCCCCAGUGGUCACCUGUCCACAGCCCAGAAGAAUGUUCCCCCCAGGGUCUAGAGACAGAGACCCCAGAUGAGUCAUUCCCAGCACUCUUUCCUGAACUUCAGUAUGCACAAUAUUCCAACAAUGAAGAUGAAAGGAAAGAGUUGACUGAUGAUGUUGCCAUGGAAACCAAAAUGUUGACUGAUCCUGUGCCUGACGUUGAUAAUUUGAAAGACAUUGAAGACAGGGAAGUGGGUAAAAGCACCAAUCUGUGUGAGGACCCCCCAUCACCUCAAACACAUAGUACCAGCAUUAACUUAGCAGAAUUAUUGGCCUCACCUAAAGCUAUUCACAGUGUAGAGGUUAACCCUGUAAAAACAAUGGAAAACAAUAUCUUAAUGCUGCUCUCCAGAGUGUCUCAGAUGCCAGAUCCAAGCCCAUUUCUUUGCACACCUAACGCACUGAUAGGCUUGUUUACAUAUGCUCUAACAGUCAAAAAACCUAACCCUCGUUGGUUCAGAAUUUGCAGUCGGUUGACCAAAAAUACCAUUUGCUUUGAAGCAUUUCUGCUCAAUUCGGGUGCAGCAUUAAUACAUGAGUACUUGGUCAAGCAAAAGUACAGACCCGUAGCUGAAGGGCCAACAAUUCUAAAUACCAAGAAUACUGACACUGAAAGCAGUGUACAGGAAGGUGUUGAUGAACCUUACCAGAAAAAUGUGAAAGAAGUGGCGUCAGACGUGAUUGCCGAAGAAGGCAGGGUUAAAGAAUCUAUUCAAUCUGACAUAAAGGAGAGAGAAGAGAAGAAAAGGAGAGACCUUCAGCUGGUGUGUUUUGGGAAGUCCCUGCACCAUGACCUUACCCUACAAGCUGAGACCCCCUAUGGACAGGGAGUGCUGUGCCACAUCCUGCUGAAGAAACCAAACCAAGAGAAGAUGAGGUGUGCAGUAGAUCUGCCACAUGUGUGCAGUAGCAAAAAGCUGAGGACCAAGUUUAUGUUAGACUACCGAGGUCUGAGUUACCUACUGGAUGCUAUACAGGCUCAUUGUGAUGACCACUCCCAGUAUCCCAUGGCUGUUGAAAGCCUGUGUGUGUUGGCCAGACAGCUCAUCAUGGACUGCCCCAGGUUCAGUAGCAAUUCAGAACUUGAUGUUAUUCAAAGCCCAGAGUGCAUAUACAGCAGCACUUUGAACCAGCAUAACAUGAGGUUUAUGAUGACUGCAGACCAGACUGUCAUAUCUGCUGAAAGGAGCAAAGUUUCUGGAGCAUCAGAGACAUUCACUGCCAUGUUAGAAGGACAUUAUUCUGAGUCUGGACAAGAUGAAAUUUACAUUUCAGAAGCUUCUGGAUCUGCUUUUUGUUAUUUGCUGCAUUUUCUCCAUGGUUGUCGCAGCGGCUGUGACGUGAUUGCAGGAAAUGGUGCUGCAGGAGACACAUCUGUGGACGUGGAUUUAGAAACACUGUCUUUGUCUGAUAGAUACAUACUGCCUGCUCUACAGAGGCACAUCUCUACUGUUAUUGCUCAAAAACACUGGAAUGCCUCCCAUAUUGUGCACAUUUACAGAUAUGCUUCCAUGCAUAAUUGUGAGAACUUAUCCAGGGACUGUUUAAAGUUUAUGCUUGUUGGAAAAUUAAAAUGGAGUGAACGUUCAUCAGUGUUGCUGGAGAUUUUCUCUGGACCAAACCGAGACCAAGUCCGGAAAGAGAUUGGACAUCUUUUGGUUGAACUUCUGUGAAUCUCUGUGAAAAAGAAAACAGUGAACUCUGUAACUAUCUUAUACAAUACAUAGUUUUCUAUCAGUCUUCUCUAAUCUAAUGAUUUUCACCCCCCCUCCAAAAAAACAAAACAAAACACACACAUGCACGCAUGCAUGCAUGUACACACACACACA